UAGAUAUGAUGACCGAGACCAUGCUGACGCCGAAGAUCAGGUCUCACGUGUACAUGGAACUGGGCCUCCCCCCCGAACAGGAUUCCGUCGAAAAUAAGGCGCUGAUCGAGACCAUCGUCAACGACAUCGAGAAGGCCUUCGAGUCCGGCGGGGUCCCCGCGCGGGACCGGUCCCAGGUCCUGCGCUUGGUGAGCGCCGGGUCGAAGACGGCCGUGUCGAUGAAGCUCGCCUACGACCUGCCAGCUCUCGCGGACGACCCCAUCCCGAAGAUGACGACCCUCGCCGGGGCGAAUAUUAUUUACAUGGUUGUCGUCACCGGCAAGGACAAACGGAGGGCAAAAGAGGAGCUGCAAGCCGUUCUCGACGCGGAUUUGAAGGCAGAGGUGGAGAAAACGGCAAUUUCCGACCCCGAUCUCAAGCCAAUCGCGAAAAAACUCGGCCAAAUCCCGGACAUGAAAGCGGCCACGACGCACCUGAUGCAGACCGCGCUCCGAUGGUGGCGACUGGCAAUGGGCAAGGAUCCGUCAAUGGAAGACUCGGUCAUAGACACGAGCAGUCUCAUCGCGUCCGUGCAGAACUCCCUUCCGGCCGCGGAGGACAAAGAUCAAGUCGGGACUUUGCUCUCCGCCCUCUCUGCGCUCUUCACUGACGAUAUCUUAUCCUUCUCAGAGGUGAUCCUGUCCAUCAAUCCCCCGCUAUACACCGACGUAACGGUGGUGAAUCUGAAAAAAGAGUUCGAGGUCGGCGUGCACGACACGGCGACGCAUCCGGACGCCAUCGCCCUGGCCCAGAGGAUCCAAGAGGAGUUGAGGAAUGACUACUUGCUGGCUGGGGGAGUGGAUGUGGGCGUGAACGUCUCCCUUCCUUUCGCGCCUUCACAAGGGGGCAUCGAGGCGAACGCCUUGACCACCUUCAGCACGGACACCGUGGAGGCGACCCGGGUCACGCGAGACGCUGCUCGCAUCGCCGAGAGCAACGGGAUCGACGGCACUUCCGUUACCGUGACGAGUGAGCCAUCCACGUCUCCAUCAGCCGAUUCAUACGCACAAAAAUCUGGCCCGUUUAGGUCGUAA